AUGGGAGCCACUGGAGUUCCAACAGACUCCACAUCAGUUCUCAUCAGGGGAACAAAGCAACAUGGCAGGCGGCCCACAAUGUGCGACAGCACGUCAAUGAGGCUUGAAACAGCUACACAGGAGAGAUCAAGGGUUGAAAAACGCAGUUUGAAAAGGGCCUACAUGCGCUCACUUCAUCAAGGAGUGGCAUGGUACAAGGGUAAGCAAUAUGUUCCAGCAGAGUUUGAGAGGAUGGGAUGCGCUCACACCUCACCUCCUGACCUCACCAAAGCUCUCUCCACCCACUUGCAACGAGACUGGCAACGAUGCAACCAUCAUCAUGCUGCCAAACGACGCUUGACAGUUUGGCAAUGGAACUGUGGCGGCAUUUCUGCUGCCAGGCUGGACGAAGUGAAGGCCUGGCUUGUUUUGAACCACGUGACCAUCGCAGUCUUGGUGGAGACCAGGUUGACCUACGAUGCCUUUUGGACCGAUCCACAUUGGCACUGCUUGCACACAGGUACCCAGGUGUUUGCAUGGCAUGGACAGAACAUUACCGGACCUGCUCACCCUGACCAAUUUAGAUUCCUACAGCUUUUGCGUCAGUUUUCUUUGGUGGUGCUCAAUUCUUGGUCGGCCACAUUAGGUCCAACGUAUGUGCAUGGACAGAAGGCCAGCAGAAUUGACCACAUUUGCGUGCGCCAAAUGUACGCUGAUGGGGAGGCCCGCAAAGUCAGCUAUUUGUGGCAAUCUCCCUUCCUUGAGCAAACAGAUGUGGGACAUGUACCGAUGAUGUGCACAAUUGCCAAGUACUGGAUUCCUGCCUUUGAACGCCACAAGAUUCAGACAGUUACCAUGCAACAGAGACGCGAGAGUCGACAGGCCUAUGUGGAUCAAACUCCCACCUGGCAGAGAUUCACGCAGCAGACCCAGCAUGCUAUUACGCAACACCUUGCAACUGCCACACAUGAUGCCGACAGUGUGAUGGACCACAUGCACCAGACAGUCAUGGAGACCUUUUGCACUCAUUUUCCCAAAGGACAACAGCAGCGCUCGACUCCACCUUGGAUGACGGCUCUGCCAACAAUCCUCAACAAGUGGGAGCAUAGGUGUGCCUUUUACUGUGAAGCAAUUGGAACGCGCCAUAGCCAUGAUUCCGGCCACCAGGGCCACUGCCAGACCAUAUGCUUGACCAAGCAAGGCAUCAGCAAGGCAAACACCCAACUGACCAUUAUGAUGCGCAAGUUGACCCAUGACCAUUCCUUUUUGACCAGACGCACCAACCAUGAAGCUUUAUUUUUGCACCAACUUCCUACCCCGGCGCAAUUGCUUUUUGGCACUGCAGCGGGAUUGCUGAGGACGCAUCAAGAUCAACAUGCACAACUUUUGACACAUGAUUUGGCACGUUCAAUUCAUUGGCAUCAUUUACCUGACCUCAUGACCCAACUUCAACAUUUGCAGGCCACUGCUACUUUGGAGACAUCCUUGCCUCUGGACUUGGAGGCAGGUACCUCCUUCUUUCAGUGCGCCAAGUGUGAUUUCUGCACCAUGGAUGUCAGCGCCUUCAGACGCCAUUGUACGACUGCCCAUGGACAUGCCAUGUACCGCACACACCAUGUGGAUCCAGCUGCCCAUGCUGAUAAUGGAUUGCCCACAUGCAAACAUUGCUCCAAAGCCUUCACCACAUGGCGGGGUUUCAGAACACACAUAGAACGUGGAUGCCAGGCCUUGCUGAUUGGACCUGCACCUUACGGAGCUGACACAGAUCCACUGAGAGCACAUCUAGGCACCUUACGACCAAUGAACUCACAGGCUGCUGACGCAGCUGCGCGUGGCCUGAGACUGAUAACUGCAGAUGAAUUGCACAAUCUCAAGCAGCAGGACUUUGGCCCCAGACUGCUACACCUGAUUGCGGAAAGGAAUUGGGAACAGCUGGCAACUGACCAGGCGGCUUGCCGGUAUCUUUCCAGCCGCUGCGUGAUCUGCUCAUUUCAGUUCUCAAGAUGCCAGGAACUUCAUCAACACUUUCGACUGCAGCACCCAGAACUAUGGGAGCACGCUCCCCAGAAAGCGAUUCAGCUCACGAACAUUUACAGUGAUGAGCCACCAUGUGGAUGUUGCGGUGCGUUGUUUCGCACACAUUCCUGUCCCACCUGGUCACAGAUUGCUGUCUUGCUGGUGAAUGGAGCGGGACUGGACGCAGUGGACCCAACACCAUUGACUGAGGAACGACACCGUUGUGAACUCUGUCUCAUCUGGUUUUGCACUACAGCUGCAUUGGUCCAACACCUCCAGGCUUCACAUGGAUUGCAGGGGCUGAGUUUUGUUGAAAGUCGUGACGCUCUUGACAACACCACAGCAUGCGCACAUUGUGGACUUUUGUUUCAGUCGAUGUCUGGCUUGAAGUCCCACAUAGUGCAGGGCAGAUGUGAGCACUUCAAUCCCAACGCUUCAGCAGAGACGAUGGAGAUCGAUGCGCUCUGGCGCCAGGCAUGUUUGGAGGGCAAAUUGAUGGAGGUCCUUGCACCACCACACAACAGAAUGAGACUGACCAUCGUAUGCCAGGCUUGUGGCAAGGGUUGCAAGAGGGCAGCAGACCUUUCACUCCAUCUACAAACCUCACACGCCAGGCUCUGGCGUCAAUCAGAAAGACUCACGAUGAUUUUGGUUGAUGCCCUGUAUCAGCAACGUUGCUAUUGCAACCCACAGGUUGGCACCAAACGUGGCUCACAUGUAUGCCUGCCUUUCAGGCAGAUUGCCAUGAGCUACCACCGCAUGGGAACAGAGAUCUUUGCGCCUACGGUGAUCACAGACACCACGCUGAAGGACGUGCUAUCUGACAAGCUCCCCAGGGAAAUCAAAUACAGACUCGAACAGGCGUUGGUGCACAGAAGUUUUGCAAAUGUUUGGCAGGACCCUGCCAUCCUACAGAUGCUACGAGGUCAAUGCAUCUUCUGCGGUGACUUCCAUGCCACCUCAGAUUUGGCGCUCCACCUGCGCGAGGCGUUCCAGCAUCUGGCUCCCCUGUUCCAGGUGAAGGACAAGGACCUGACGCUGCAAGCCAAUCCACGGAAGGCCAAGUCCAGACGCAAAGAAGAGCCAAACAGCCAAGACUCGAAAGAGGACGUGGACAUGCCAAACGUCAGCACAGCUCCGACAAUGCAGCUGCUUCGAACGCUGACACAACUGGUGGUGCGUCACGAUCAAGAGUUGCAGGAUUUGAGAAAGAUGGAUCAAUUCAUUCUUUUUUUGAAUCCAGAACCAACAGGAGCGCUUCACAUCCUGCUUCAGGAGUCGGCCCAAUGGAAGAAAUCCAUGGAGGAGGGGUCCACAUCAUUGAAGAUGCCACUCCGGCAACACCUCAUGAAGGCGCUGCUGAACGCCAUGAUGACCCGUGCAGGCCAGAUAGUGGAGAGCAAGGACACGGAGGGCCUCUUCACGACAUCACUGCAGAAGGGAGUGAUCCUGGCAGAUCGCAGCUUCCCUUUUCAUCGAUGGGACCCAGCCACCAAACAGCUGACCAUAGACAAGAAGCAGCCAGUCAGUGCAGCCAAGAUGAAGCAGCACUUGGAGGAACUACUGGAGAUGCUGACCGACCCAGCAAUGGUGAUCAGAUUUCAUGCAUUGAGCCAGAGCAAAGACCAGACCUCAAAGGCGGUGCCCUGGAGACUCCAGAUCAACAUGAGGCCGGGGCAAGGGGCUGAAGGGGCUGAAGGGCACACCAGCCAAACAAGAGCGCUGAGUCCUGCGCUCGUGGCAGAGAUGACCAAGAAUCUGAGCAUCAUGUGCAUGGCCAAUGACAGGAACUGGUGCUACGGCAACAGCACUGCCUACUCAUUCCUGUGGACACUCUUGUGCCUCAAUUGCCAUGAGACUUCUCUUUGGGGCUGGCAAUCUUCUGCGCUGAUUGAUUUCAUCCAGCAUCAUUCGACGCCUGUCGUGCUGAAGAAUAUCGAUUGGUUUAAGCAGAUUUUGCUUGAUUGGGGCAUUUCCCAAACUCAGCAGGACAGUGCAGAAUGUGCACAACACCUGCUGAAUUGGCUUCAACCGCAAGCUUUCGACAUGCGAUGGGAAAGAAGACUGGACACGGAGCAUGGCUUACAUGUGUUUGACCAUAGCACCUCACAUACUCCUAUUUUGCUGCCAUUUGCACGAGGACAUCAUGUUUGUGGCACUUGCAAGUUGACAGAUUUGAUCGUGACCUGGAUGCAGGAGCAAUCCAUGUGCACAGCGCUCGUGACUGCGCCCCCCUGCAUCUGCCUGACCAUUGAUCGAUUUCAUCAAACAGGCUGUGGCACCAUUGAACGCAAUGUAAGUGCCAUUGAUUUGGAGGCAGAGGUUGAGAUUCCUGUCUUUACAACUGGAUUGGAAUGCGACAUGCUAGGAUACAUUGUGGUAGCUGCCAUUGCACAUUUAGGCCAAGACAGAUCAGGGCACUGCCGAGCUCUGCUGAAGAUCCAACCAGGGGUCACCACUGCAGCUCAGCCGAUUGCCUGGCUGUUGACAGACGAUGAACAAAAGCCGGCCCCUGUCUGGCAGAUUCCAACAUGGUUCCAGACACAUGCGACAGUGGUUUGGGCCGUCAGAACUGACUGCCUUAGGCUGCCCGUGUAUCAACCAGAGAGUGGCACUUCCUCUGAGCCCAGCAACACCAAAGAUGCAUCACAUGUGGAUCCAGUGACGACACCUGAGACAGCCCUGAUUCAUUUGCUCCAAGCCCAACCGGGAGUUGGCACAGAAGAGUGA